CGAAAAUUGAAAAGGGCAAUAGGCGGGGGCGGGCCCCUCCGAUUCGAACUCACCGCCUCCACUCCCGCUGUUUUACAUUCCAAAACCCCCGCCGCUUCGAUUCACUGUGUUGGAGUUCGAUUUCAUGGUAUGUCAGCCUCCGGCGAGAAUUUGGACCUGAAUCUCAGUCUAAAUCUACCUCUAUCUAGAUUGCAUUUGGAGAAGCAUUCCCUUUCGCAGCAACCGCAUCUGAGGCUGCCUUCUCUUUCGCCUCCCGCUGUCGCCACCACCAACUCCAGCAAAGUCACCCCUGAUAAGUUUGAUGCUCAUUGUAGCGGUGAUAUGAUCGCUCAACGAUCGCGCUUCUCGCUUCCACCGUCGCACUUGCUGCCUCGGAACAAUACGCCAAAUGAACUUGGAAGUGUUGGUGUUAAUGCAAGUCUCCAGAUUCCUAAACAGGAGGAAGUAGUGAACACAUUUUUACUUGGGCCUUCAUCUUACGUGGUGGGUGCUAAACGUGUCAGUAAAGCUAAAUCUUCAAAAAAUGCAAAAUCUGUUGUUCAGGAGGCAAAGUUAGAGUCUAUUGAUAACUUUAGUUUAAGCAGUUGCCGGUAUGAUAAUUCUUUAGGCUUAUUAACAAAGAAAUUUAUCAAGCUGAUCCAGGGGGCUAAGGAUGGCACUCUUGAUCUUAACAGAACAGCUGAUGUUUUACAGGUCCAGAAAAGGAGAAUUUAUGAUAUUACGAAUGUUCUUGAAGGGAUCGGUUUGAUAGAGAAAACAACCAAGAAUCAUAUUCGUUGGAAAGGAUUUGAGAUGUUUGGUCCUAAAGAGCAAGAUGACAAAGUUUCUCACUUGAAGGCUGAGGUUGAACUUCUACGUGCAGAAGAUCGUAGACUUGAUGAUUGCAUAAGGCAGAAACUAGAAGACAUUAGGGAACUUACUUCUAAUCAAAAGAAUCUUUUUCUGACGGAGGAAGAUAUUAUGAGUCUUCCACAUUUGAGGAAUCAAACUGUUAUUGCCAUUCAAGCUCCUCGUGCAAGCUUUCUGGAAGUACCGGAUCCUGAUGAGGAUAUUGGUUUCUCUCAAAAGCAGCAUAAACUUAUUGUGAGAAGCACAACUGGACCCAUUGAUGUUUAUCUCCUGAGCAAAAAGGAACAGAAAAGCAGAGAUGGCUCAGCCAAGCGUGCCAAGUUGUUGGAUUGUUUGGCCAGGACUAGUAGCAGUAGAGUUGAUGAAGCUGAUUGGUCUUCAAGUCCUGAUACUUCAACGAGCUCCAAAGCAUCUGGGUUCCAGAAAAUAGUCCCGUUUGAUGUUGGUAUCGAUGAUGACUACUGGUUGAGAUCAGAUCAUAAUGUGAGCAUAUCGGAUUUAUGGAGCUCGGAAGAGUUGUAGCAUUUCAACACGAUGUGCUGACCAACUUGCAGAGGAGGGUAAACGAAGGGUGUACAUAACUUGCUAUAAUUUUAUUUCAGUACUACAAUUAAAAUGGAGUGAUGAAUCUGGUAAAUGAGAUCCAUCAGUAUCUCACAGAUUGGCUCGUUAGGUAGAAAAUAAGGAUAGAGCCUAUCAUAAUAAAAUCCCUUUUUUGCGCUUUAAGAAUUUAGAAUGUAAAAAUCUCAAGCAUUCAAUGCCUAAAUAGUGAUUACAGUGGAUGCCCAUCCAUUUAUCUGUUUCUUUUUAUUUUCA